CCGCCAAACAGACGCCGAGGCUCUCCCCACAGACACCCGGCCAAACGCAGUUAGGACCACCCUCCGCCAAACACGCACCCUCGACCGCGCGCAACACCAUGGCCAGCGAAAUCACCGAGCACGACCAGAACGCGUCGCCGCAGCUGCACGACGACGGCAACGGCGCCCUCAAUGCCGGCGACGCCAACCGCGGCACCAAGCGCCCGCGCCCGGCUGCCGACGACGACGAUGAUGACGACGACAAGCCCGGCCGCGAGCGUAGGAAGAUCGAGAUCAAGUUCAUCCAGGACAAGUCGCGUCGCCACAUCACCUUCUCGAAGCGCAAGGCGGGUAUCAUGAAGAAGGCCUACGAGCUGUCCGUCCUCACCGGCACACAGGUGCUGCUGCUCGUCGUCUCUGAGACCGGUCUGGUCUACACCUUCACCACACCGAAGCUGCAGCCACUCGUGACCAAGCCCGAGGGCAAGAACCUCAUCCAGGCCUGCUUGAACGCACCUGAGCCCUCCAGCGGCGAUGCCAAUGGCGUCGAGGACAACCAGGUUGACUCACCCGAGGACAACCACGCGCAAAUGCCGCCGGGCCAGCCCCGUGGCGUGCCCAACAACAACCCCAUUCCCCAGGCCUACAUGACACCAGAGGCUGCUUUGCAGUAUCAGAACUACCUCCAGGGUCACCAGCAAUCACAGCAGUACCCCAUGGCCCAGCACGGCAUGCCCCGCCAUCCCAGCCAGCACUACCCCCAGGACCAGAAGCUCGGCUAAGUAUAUGAUUUUGCGGGCCUCUGCCAGAUUUGGUAGCUGGCCACGAUUCGGGCGUCGUGCACACUGCCCAGGACGGAUACCCUUUAUAAUGGCCAAAAAGUAAUUGAAUGGCGCGGCUCACGAGCAAUGCUCUGGUGUACGGUACGCAAUGGC